AAAAAAAAAAAAAAAACAUUGUAGGCUCUUGGAUGAGGAGUACGCAUGACGCAGAUGUUUGCUGAAGAAAAGUUUGGAUGCCCUGUGCAGCAGUAAAACGGCGCUCCGCCAAAGAGGCGCACGGACUGCCGGUAAUAACGCAGACCAUUUGACACAAUGAUCUGUGCGGUGGGACCCGGUGACAGAGGACCUGGCUUUGGUUGUUUCACCUGCCGGCGCUCUUUCUGAGCAGUUUCAUGUGUAUUUAAUGCUGCUAAGGAAGGAUGAAGAGCUUUUUACUUCGCUGUUUUCUUAUCUGGGUCACGCUGCGUCGGAGCAACAUGCGAAGUGCUAUACCUGCCACAGCGUUAAACUGCUGUGAAGGGGAUAUUCUCCUCCUGCUGGACUCUUCAGGUAGUGUGUCCAACUACGAGUUCUCACGCCUGUUGCUCUUCGCCGCCAAUCUGCUUCGCCCCUUCUCAUUGGGCCGUGGACACGUAAGAGUCGGGUUGCUGCAGGUCAGCACAAACCCUAACCUGGAGUUCAGCCUGGACGUCCACGACAGUCAGGAGAGUCUGCAGAAAUCUCUGCGGAGAGUCAGCCAGCUGCAGGGAGACACCAACACUGAGGCGGCACUCAGAGUGGCCCAGCGGCUUCUGACAGAGACAGAAGACCACGUGCCAAAGAUCCUGCUGUGGCUGACUGAUGGUGUGCAGCCUGGACACGUGGACGAGCCGAUGUCUGAGCUGAAGGCGCAGGGAGUUUCUGUGUUAGCUGUGUCUACAGUCCAUGGAAACUACCAGGUGUUACAACGUGCAGUCACACCACCCCUGGAGUCUCACCUCUACUCUGUGGACAUAGAUAACAUCGAGAUCAUCACAGAGGACCUGAGGGAGGCUAUCAUUAAAAUCAUUCGUGCAGAACGACUGCGUGUGGUUCACUUGACUUCCCACAGUGCUGUGCUGCAGUGGCGUCCUGUUCUGAGCGCAGACAGCGGUUACUAUGACCUCCGGUAUGACUCUGUGUGGAAAAUGGACCAUGAGACCAGGCGCAUCCUCCCAGGCGACUCCAGCUCGGUAGAGCUGACCAACCUGCAUGCUGAGACCACCUACACAGCUUCCCUCCGCCCAGAGUCCAACCAGAGGCUGUUCAGCACACUCUAUGUUAACUUCACCACACUUCCCGAUGUUUUAAGCCCAGCAGUGGUGUCCAUCUCAGACUCUGGCCUUCAUCAGAUCCGUGUGAGCUGGGGUCCCCUGCAGCCGGCUCGAGUCCAGAGAUACACGGUGGAGUACGGAGCUUUUCCAAGCGGACACGUCAGCACUGUGAUGCUACACAGUCAGCAGAACUCCACCUUACUGACUGGCCUGGAGCCUGGCACUCAGUACCUGGUCACAGUCAGCGCUCUGCAUGUGAAUGGAAAAGAAAGAGCCAUGUCUGUGAUUGCAUGUACUCAAGAGGCAACUCUGCCUGCCCUGGCUGACCUUCAGCUGAUGCCGGUGCAGCAUCAGGAGGUGGAGGUAGCCUGGCAGGCCCAUCCCCAAGGCUUGAAAGGUUACUGGCUGAGCUGGGAGAAGGAAAACUCCAUCCAGUCCUCCAUCUACCUGCUGCCUAGCUCUUGUUCAACACGGCUGACACACCUCGCACCUAACAGUCGAGUGUGUGUGUCGCCGGUCUACAGCUCUGGAAGAGGAGAUGGAAUAUGCUGCUCUACAGAGAGGCACACAGAUUUCAGCCAGCAGGGUUGAGGCCCUGAGCCUGCAGCAAUCAGGGAGCCAGAAAUAAAAAAAAAUGGGUGAAAUCGAGCAUUUUAAUUGCAGGAUGUACUAGAUACGCUGUGCGGGGCUCAAUAUUAUCACUUAGGUUCAAUUUUCAUCAGUGAAAUGACAGAAAAAAGCUUUAUCACAUAAUCCCAGCCCUCCAUCCUCGCAAUGGUUGAACAAAACUGGCGUAAUUAUUCAUUUUCUUCUCCUGCAAAUGAAAAUGUCGCCACAUUUGCAGGAUGGCUGUUCAUUUGAGUUAGCCAGAGCAUGAAGGUAUGCAGCAUUUAGAGCUUGUGUGAGGAACUAUUGUUUCUGACAAUCACUAUUUAUUGUUAUGAUUAACACUGUGUUAUAUCUGCCUACACUUCAAUUUUCACUGUUACAUAAUUACAGGUGUAUUUACCUUACAAAACAUUCUCUUCUUCUUGCAAUUAUAUUCAAAGUUCAUCAAGUGUAGUAAAUAGCAAAUGUGGUCCUGACCAUUUUAUUUGCCUUAAUAUCAGUUCAGAAUCUGCAUUUCUGGUAUCACCUGUCACUACAUUUAAAUCCUAAAACCUGUGAAUGAUAUCUGUUCAGGACUUGGCUCAGUUGAUAGGUGACUGCAGUCCGAAUGGCGUUUUGGUUCCUGUAAAUGAAAUAAGGCAUGGUUGAUGACAUACAGCAUUUAAAGUCUUUGAGGUAACCAAGCAACAUCUUUAUUAUGAAUUGUAGAGCUAAAGCUUAGUUAUUCAAGUAGAAAUACAAGUGCUCUGAUAAAUUGCGACCUGAGAAGCUGAACUGCUGCAGCUUGAUGAACUGCAUUUCUUUAUCGCUUUAUUAUUAAUUUAAAUGACUUGAGCUGGCUGUGGUUCAACCAACCUUGUAUACACGCUGGUGUUUCUUUUUUCACAAGACACAGAACCCUGGUUUGCUUUACAGCUACUGGUGAUGCACAAGCCAGUACAAUGCUGAACUGAAUUGUCCCCAGCCUGGACAAAGAGGACAAUGCAUCCAGCAUAACAAAGCCUAUGCCAAAUCAAAGAAUACACUCUCUGACCAACAUGACCCUCCGUCUGAGUUGGAAACCAAAAACAUUGCUCCAUUAGUGCAUGCUGGCAAAUAUUUUGAAAAUCAUUUUUAUUAUCCGUAAUGACCAUAUUUCUUCUUUUUAUACACCAUUUUAGACAAGAGUCAUCAAUGUUUAUCUUGGGUUCACUCAGCCAUGGACAUUCAGCUGUUGUGCCAGAUGCCACACUGGCAGAGCACAAGAAAAUCACAGACAAACACAGUCUGCAUGCCGGUGGUAUGAAUGCAUAGAGGAU